AUGAGGCUGUUAAUUUUAAUCGUUAGUGUAUGUUUUGCAGAAUUCACUGACACAUUAACCAAGGAAAACCAAAAUUUACUAGAAUCCAAUCGAUAUUUACAUUCUCAGCUUAUCCAGCUAGCCCAAAAGGUGAAUUUUACUACGCAAAUCCAAGAUGACUAUUUUUAUAACAAACAAAUGAUGCUGUCUUUAAUAGGAGAAUAUGAAAUGGAAGCUGACGAAAUCGUUAGGACUGCUAUUGCUGAACAAAUGCUUGUAUAUACUCAAGGGUUAUUUGAAGAUGCCAAUUUAUUAGGAGGACAUAUAGAGGGUGUUUCCAGCAAAGAAUUAAUUGAAAUCCACCAUUUCCUGAAAACAAGCAUAGAGAAUAUUAAAAAAAUCCAAAGGGCUCAAAAAUUCGGGACUGUUUAUAAUGAGUUAAAAAGCAUUGUUUUGGAAAAAGAUAUAAAUGUCAGAGAUUUACAAACUGAAAAUGCUCAAAUCAAUGCAGAAAUACAAAAGAAAAAUGGAGAACUAGAAGAAGUGAAAAGUCUUUACAGCCAUAAUAAACAAAGAAUUGGUCUGCUAAGGGAAGAGCUAGAAAUGACGAAAAAAGACCAUGAAGAUUGGCUAAAUUCGCUUAAAUCGAUAUCACAAAGUGAGCAGCAGCAAUCCCGAGCUAAAGAGCGCAAAAAAUUUAAGUUGUAUCAAGAAUUACAAGAUUAGAUUAGAGGCAGCAAUUUUUAAGACCCCACUUCCUAUACACCAUGCAGUCCACACCAAAAAUUGUGGAGUGGCAACAACAAGACUUCAAAGCUGGGGCCGAAGCUUCUAGCUUCUCUGUAAUGAGCAACCUUUUGAUCCGUCCUAUGGAUUUUGCCAUUAACACCAUUUCCAACUCCGAAGCCACUAUUAGUUAACCCUGCUUAGUUCUGCCAAGAUCGCCCCUUUCCGCGACCCUUUUAGACUGGAAAGGAUAGCUCUAAAACAUUGUCUUCCUGUCUUCACCUUUUCCCCUGAAUCAGCUCCAAAGAAAAAACUCAAGAGGCUUGCUCCCAUUCCCAUUAGGGACAGGCCACAAAGUAGCAUAGAUAGGAAAGCCGCCCUGCAUCUGUCGUACAUCUUCAAGACCUGGGCGCUUCUAGCAAAAAACUGCUACUCAGGUCAAUCCACUAAUCAGCGGAAAUAGUGCUGAGCCUCCCACUUCGAGGCUAGCUCAACCCACAGGCAGCUCCUCGUGCCAAAAAAUGACAUCCGGAUAUACACAAGGGCAUCCGCCACUGAGUGGGCAGGCCGCCUUCACCAGCCAUUUUAUGAAUAAGAAUUACAAGAUAAAAUCAUUUCCAGCUUACAAACUAAAAUUGCUGAACAAAGCAUCAAAAUCCAAGAGCUUUCCUCUGAAAAAGCAGCAAUGACUUCUCGAUCUCGUUUACUAACUCCCCCCCCCCCUCCGUGAGCGAACAAAAUCAUUAGAAAAAUCGCCAUUUUUUGACCAAAAAAACCCACCCUCCGUGAGUGAACAAAAAUUUUUUUUAAUAGAAAAAAUUUUAAUGGAAAAAAAUUUUGAUAUAUAAGUGAUAAUUAGUAUAAUGAAAUCUAGAGCUAAUUCUGUUUAAUUUUAAACAAAUUGCGUUUUUAAAACAUAAAUUUUGCAAAUUAAAUUAAUAUUUGCUUCCCAAUUUUUGCAAAUUAGGAUUUUUUUAAAUUUCGAAAAAAAAUAUUUUUUAUAAAAUUUAUAUAUAAAUUUUUUUUAAAAAAAAAAAUUAACCCCCCUCCGUGAGCGAACAAAAUUUUUUUGUUCGCUCACGGAGGGGGGGGGGGGAGUAAGCAACACAGUAGAUCGGCUUCAUUCUGACCUAGAACUAAAAUCUUCUCACUCCCCCCCUUUAAAUUGGAACUAAAAAUUUUGUUCCAAUUUAAAGGGGGGGGUUAAUUUUUUUUUAAAAAAAAAUAUCAAUAUAAAAUUUUUUAUAAAAAAUAUAAAAAUUUAAAAAAAAAAAUUUCAAAAACUUAUCGAAGUAGAUCAAUAAAUUUGUUUAAUAAAACGCUAUUUACUCUUUAUCCUUUAAAACAAAGCAAGAUAUAUAACUAAAUUUUCAUUAUUAGCUAAUACGCCACUAUUAAUUGGUAUCAAAAUUAUUUACACAAAAAAUUUUAUUUUUUAUUGAUAAAAAAAAUUAAAAAAAAAAAAAAUUUUGGAAAAAUUUAUCGAUCAAAGUGCUAAUUUUGUUUAAAUAAGAUGUUAUUUAUACUCUAUUCUUUAAAAUAAAGCAAGAAUUAAGUAAAUUUUGAAAUUUUAUAAAGAAUUCCUAUUGAAUUUAUAUUAAAACUAUCCAAAUAAAAAAUAUCAUUUUUAUCAAAAAAAAAAAAAAAAAAUUUUUUUGAAAAUUUUUAAAAAAAAAAAAUUAAUUUUUUUUUAAAAUUUACCAAUUAAGGAUAAUAAAUUUAUUUAAAUAAGAUGCUCUUUAUACUUUUUUCUUUAAAAAAGAGCAAGAUAUAAAUAAAAUUUUUAAUUUUAGUUAAGAAGAAACAUUUAACUUAUAUCAAAACUUUUUAGAUAAAAAUUUAUAUAUAAUUUUUUAUUAUAAAAUGAAAUUUUGUUCCAAUUUAAAGGGGGGUUAAUUUACAAAAAAGUGGAAAUUUUACCGAUAUUUUGUUCCAAUUUAAAGGGGGGGGGAGUCAGUUGCAAUCUGCUCAGCUGAAAUUUGACGAAUUUCGUGAACAAGUUUCUUUAGACAGUGACAUUGAAAUAGCAAGCAUUGAAGAAAAUGAGCGACAAGUGAAAUCUCAGCUGAGAGAACUGAAGUCUAAACAUACUGAGCUCUUAGUAACUUUAACGUCUCUUCAGAAAGAAAAAGAAUCAACUGUCUUUUUAAUUGGCCAGUUUGAUAACUAUAUUAGUGAGCUUGAACUUGAAGUAGCAGAAUCAGCAAAUAGAGAAGAUUUAGCAGUGAAAUUCAGAGAUUUAGAAAUAAAGCAAGAGGAAAAUAAAGUUCAGGACUCAUUUUUGAUAAGAGAUGAGGUGGGGAAAGAACUACAGAUUUUGCUUCAAAAAAUUGAUUCUGAAGCGAAAUCAAUACAGGAAAUACAAGAUAAGCUGCAUGCUUUUGGGUAUAGAGAGGAGGCUCCAAGUAAAACAGUGACGACGUUUUCCAAAAAAUUUCUUUUUUCAGAUUAG